AGUGGGGACUCUUAACACCAGUUCUCUGGCAUCUGUGAGUUUGAGUGUGGGCCAUCAUCUUCUUCCUUCUGCUCUCUUCCUCUCCACAUUUCCCGGUACCAUCUGAUCCAUCAGGCCCUUCUUUGCUCAGGCCUGAAGGACUCAGGCCUGUGAGAGAGGACGGCCCAGUUGUCGGCCAAGACACCUUUGGGCGAGGAGCAGCGAACAGGACCUGUCCAUCUCAGGCGUCAGCCCCCUGAAGGCCUGAGCAAUGGGCAACGUGAUGGAGGGAAAGUCAGUGGAGGAGCUGAGCAGCACCGAGUGCCACCAGUGGUACAAGAAGUUCAUGACUGAGUGCCCCUCUGGCCAACUCACCCUCUAUGAGUUCCGCCAGUUCUUCGGCCUCAAAAACCUGAGCCCGUCGGCCAGCCAGUACGUGGAGCAGAUGUUUGAGACUUUUGACUUCAACAAGGACGGCUACAUUGAUUUCAUGGAGUACGUGGCAGCGCUCAGCUUGGUCCUCAAGGGGAAGGUGGAACAGAAGCUCCGCUGGUACUUCAAGCUCUAUGAUGUAGAUGGCAACGGCUGCAUUGACCGCGAUGAGCUGCUCACCAUCAUCCAGGCCAUUCGCGCCAUUAACCCCUGCAGCGAUAGCACCAUGACUGCAGAGGAGUUCACCGAUACAGUGUUCUCCAAGAUUGACGUCAACGGGGAUGGGGAACUCUCCCUAGAAGAGUUUAUAGAGGGCGUCCAGAAGGACCAGAUGCUCCUGGACACACUGACACGAAGCCUGGACCUUACCCGCAUCGUGCGCAGGCUCCAGAAUGGCGAGCAAGACGAGGAGGGGGCUGACGAGGCCGCUGAGGCAGCCGGCUGAGCGCACCGCCUGGCUGCUUCUGCACUAGCGGGUGGGGUGGUAUGGUGGUGCCUGUUGGUGGUGUUCUUGUCUUAACCCUAGAUAGAAUCUAAUGAACUCAGAGGCUUAGCUCGCCUCUUUGGGGUCCAUGGUGGCAGCAGAGAGGCAGAAGUGGGAGUCCAGAGCCAGGAACAGUGAAGGAUGGUUCCUGGCCCCUCUGAGUGACAGCUGGCGGCAGCACUCCUUGUUGGGGGGCACUGUUCAACAUUCCUCUGCUGUCGGGUGACCCCCUAGCCCUUCUGACUCCUCUCCCAGCUUUUCCCAGCUUUCCCCCACUGAGCUUCUCCAGUCCAUGCUCUUCUGGACGUGGACUCUCUGAGGCAGAACUGAGCUUUCCCAGGCCUCUUAUGGAAUCCUGCAGAUCCGGUGGCUGCAGCUUCAAUCCCAUUGCUGCAAUCACACAUCCCUUCUGCCCUGGGGGACCCUGGAGCCUACUUGUGUGCUUUGCAUUUCAUUGAUUGACACCUCCCUUCAACAAGCAUUUACUGAGCGCCUACUAUGUACUAAUGCUAGAUGUUAGAUGUACAAAGAAGACAGUUUUCAUCCUCUAGGAACUCAUAGGCUAAUGGUGAGACACACAGACAAACAUCAUUAUAAUAAAAUAUGCUAAGAGAAGUUAUUAAUAGA